UCGUCCCCCCCUCUCUGUAAUGGUUUGUUCUUCCCACACCGAUUUCAUUCAUAAAAUUUCGGAUCACUAUAAAAGGCGAGUCUCUUCACUAUCUGCACGGUGUGAGAACCAGAUUUUAGGACAAAACCAUGCGUAAAGACUCCUGCCCUGAGUUCGACUCGUCGUCCAGCUGCAGCGCAGCAUCUUCGGACGGGGACACCCCUGGGUGCAACCAGCAGCUUGAAGCGCUUUCAUCAGAGAAUAAAUCCGAGGACACUGGCAACAGCGGGACAGACUCUGUCGUGCCCACAGCCCGGGCAUUUUCCACCCGCGCCAAAGCCAAGCCCUACGGCGCCACCCAGUCGUCUUCCUCGGCAGGUGCAUCCAAGGCGAAGUUCUCCAAGAAGAGACAGAAGGAGCAGCUCUCCAAAGAGGAGGAGGAACGGAGGAGGAUCAGGAGAGAGAGAAACAAAAUUGCUGCAGCAAAAUGUCGCAACAGAAGGAAGGAACUAAUAGACACACUCCAAGCAGAAACAGAUCUGCUGGAGGAUGAGAAGACAUUGCUCCAGACAGAGAUAGCUGAACUGCUAAAAGAGAAGGAGCGACUUGAGCAGGUUUUAGCAUCUCACCAACCUUCAUGCAAACUGUCUAUGAAUGACAGCAGUGACGAAGAGUCUGAAGAUUGUCCAUGCUCCCCACAGCCACAAUCCAUGUUAGACCAUGUAAAAAAUUCUAAAACUAACAUGGACAGUGUUUCUUGUAGUCCAGCAACUGCCAUUUUGGGAAACUCCAACAUCCUCUUGUGCUCUAGUGCGGAGGAAGACACUCUUGAUUUGGAGGGAGAUGAUUUGGAUGACCUUGUACCCACUUUAGAGAUGGAGGUAAUGACAGAAACCACAGCAUCAGUGCCUGACAUAGAUAUGGGCACUCCAUUCUGUCAGUCAGAUUGGGAAACACUGUAUAAGUCUGUGGCCAGUGACUUUGACUCUCUCAGCACACCAGUCAUGUCUUCCAGUCCCACUUGUAGCACUUACCGAUCUGUGUUUUCCUUUAAUUACUCUGAGAUUGUUUCUUUGGCCGGAAGCUGUGAGAGUCUCAAAGGAGGUGCAUCUGAUUUCACAAAAGAUCUACACUCUCCAACGCUGCUUGCUCUGUGAGCUUACGAACUGAUGCAAUAUGUAAAUAUAUUCUAACCAGCCAACAAGCUUGUGUAGAGAAUUGGGGAUAUUUUGAUCUUGUGCUAAAAGUUAAAUUAUGAAAAUUAUAUGGUUGUUACUGUAACAAGGUUGACUACUUCCAUCCUACUGGUAUAAGCUUGUACCGGUAACAAUGCAUGCAAAAACAUAAUUUCUAAUGUGAGUGGUAUUAUGACUAUUUAAAAGUGAAGUAAAGUCAAAUUAUGCAAGGUAAUU